UCUUCCUCACUGACUGACUUGCUUCUCUCUUCUUCAAUAUUGCUUGUUGCUGUUCCUUACUUAGAUUGCGAAAUGGUUCUUUCUCUGCUAUCUUCUAACUCCAUAACUUCUCAAGGCAAAAGCAAGUUUAGGAUCGCGGACUCGGAAUAAAGAACAUUUUGGCAGAGGUACAUACUCCGCUUAUUUCUUUCUUCACUCCUCUCUUGUCUUUUCUUUUGAACUUUUUUCGGGGAUUAUUUUUUCUUUUUUCUUUUGACUUUUUCUGUUGGUUAUCUUUGGUAAUUAUACAAGCACAUGGUUUAGUGAUGAUUCUUUUUUCUUUUUCCUUUUUUUCAAUGUCAUGAGUAUAUGUAAGUGGUCUAUGAAUUCUUGUUCGGGGUCUGAGAAAUUGUGAAGUUUCGUGUAAAUUAUUUUCCUUAGCAUUAAUGAUCUGUUUUGGAGAGUAAAUGCUGGUCAGUUGUCAAUUCAACCUAUUUGUAACUUCCCAUGUUUGCUUUAGGAAGUUGGAAAACGUUAGAAUCUUAAAAUAUCCCAAUUGCAAUGUUCCUAUGCUAAUUAGUCAAACAACCCAUAUAAUUCUUUUGUUUUAUUAUUAUUAUUUUUUUUCCUUAUCACAACCUUAGAAAAUAGUAGCACUUAGGAUCACUGCACCAUAACAAACCAAAAACCAUAGUUUAUUUUAUACAAAACUAGGCAUGUUUUUUAACCCAUAAUAAGCAUUUUCUGGGAAACUAUGAUAAAAAAAUUUCACAGUGACAUAAAGAUUAAAAAUUUUAGUUGUUUGUAAAAGAUUUAAUUAAAAUGAAAAUAACAGAGACAAAUCUUUGUUUAGGUGUUUUAAAUAAUAGAGGUAGCUGAUGAGGACUUAAAAGGUGUUUUUCUUUUUGGUAAACGGGACAUAAAAGGUGUUGAUGAUUAAUUAAAACAAGGAAGAAAUCCUAAUGAAGUUCCAUCAAGCUAUCUUCCUUCAUUUUAAGUCCUUGUUUGUGAGUCUGGGGUACCAAGAUAAAUCAUCAAUCCAGAAACAAAUAAUUAGUAGCUGACAGCCUCAUUUUGUAUAUUUUGUAAUCUAUGUAAAAAGAAGUUCAUUAGGUCUACAUGUUUAGCAAAACAGAAGAAAAGGUCCACAUGUUUGAACUUUGAAUACCCGAACAUCAAGGAAUACUAAUACCCUUGAGUUAUGGAUUUUUUAUAAAUUAAAAGAAGAUCUAAGAAUAAAAUGCCCUGUUCAGCAGGUUUAUUAGAGACUUGUGAAAGUUCAAAGCAUUUUAGGAAUGUGUCAUUAGGUGUUAAAAGUACUUGUUACCGUAUUAAUGGAUAUUUCUACUAUGUAAUUAUUAAGAGUUAUUAACAAUAUGGUUCAUUUUAGUUAAAGGUUUAGAACCUCUGAGAAAAAUUGAGUUUUUCUAGUGUGAAGGUCAGUUUCACACUCUUUCUCUUUUUAUGUCUUGUUGUUCUUUAUGUACUGUUCAUGGGUUACUGUUGACUGUAAUAGAGCAAUGCCAAGAUUUUCCUUUCAUUCAACUCUUUGAACCUCCGAUUUUUUCUUUUGACUAACCGCAUUCCAAGUAUUUUCCACAACCUUUUGAUCCCAUGAUUUGUCCUUGGAAAUCAUUAAAUUGCUUGCAGUUUCAAAUUUCCAGCACAUAUAACUUUCAGGCUGCAAAAUGUGUUCUUCCGUAUCGUAAUUGACUUAUAAAUCCUAAACUUCUUCGCAACCCAAACUUCUAGAGCUAAAAUGCUUAAAUAUAAACCCGGUUUCUAAUCACAAAAAUGUCAAAUAAUUUAGCAUAAUUGAGAGCUAUACCUCUCUGUUCCUACAUUUAUAUUUAUGGUUCAUUUGCAGAAAAGAGAUGGUUAUUCCCCCGCCGGUUAAAGCACCUAAUAUCACAAAGUAUCUCAAGCGUCACGUCCUGAAGAUGAACUUUACAAACAAGUAUGUGAAUGCUCAGGUAAUCCACAUGCCAACUGCGAAAGUAGCCUUUUCUCCGAGUUCUCAGGAAAGAGCUUUGAGAGCAAGUAUGGAAUCUUCAGGGGAUGUGGCUGCAGCUCCAAAGAUCGGUAAGGUACUGGGUAAGCGUGUGCUGCUCAAGAACAUUCCUGCAAUUUCUGUCCACUUGCAGAGAGAACAGAGGUAUCAUGGUAAGGUUAAAGCUGUCAUUGAUUUUGUGAUUGCAGUUGGUUUGAAGCUACUCUAAAUUGGACGAUAGGAAGGGGGAAAAAAAAGAAAAAAGAAAAGACAUUGAAUGAUAAAUUUUGCUUGGAAAAAACUUACUUCCGAACAUUUUCAUUCUUGGUAUGGAAGAACUACUUGGGGAAAGAUCCAUUGGAAGAAAUGCAUGGUGGGGUUUGUGUUUCUGAUGCUGUUCCAUUGUGAUUUUCUUUUGUAAAAGGUUUUGUAGAUUGUGACUGUUUGUUGGAUUGACAUGUUUUUUAUCAACACCAUGUUGAGUCAUUUUAAGUACAACCUUAUUUAAAGCUUCUUUUGAAACCAAAAGGCAGAUAUAAUUCAUUUAUUUAAA